UAUCCUUUCUUACGGAUUCAAGGAUCUCUAUCCCCAUUCCAUUCAACUCUAUUCUCUACCAUUUUCUCCUUUAUCCCCCCAUCCCUUUUCUUUUUUUCCUAUCCAUUUUGCAGAGAUCCUUACCUAUCUCAUUCCAGGACACCAUGGCGAAUGCUGUUUCUGGAAUGGCAGUACAAGAUGAAUGUAAGCUAAAAUUCUUGGAAUUAAAAGCAAAGAGAAACUACAGGUUCAUUAUUUUCAAGAUUGAUGGCCAGGAAGUGGUGGUAGAGAAGCUUGGCAGCCCUGAAGAAAGCUAUGAAGAUUUCUCUAACUCUCUGCCUGCCGAUGAAUGUCGCUAUGCUGUCUUUGAUUUGGACUUCAUAACUAAUGAAAAUUGCCAGAAAAGCAAGAUUUUCUUCAUUGCUUGGUCACCUGAAACAUCAAGGGUGAGGAUGAAGAUGGUGUACGCGAGCUCAAAGGAUAGAUUCAAGAGAGAACUGGACGGAAUUCAAGUUGAGUUGCAAGCAACAGAUCCUAGUGAAAUGAGCUUUGACAUUGUAAAAGCACGAGCCUAUUGAGUCUCAUUACCUUAACAUUUCCAGCCUUAAUCCACCAGCAUCUUUGCCUGUGUUCAUAUUAUACACUGAUCUGUGUAUCUGUUGAUGUAAUAUUAUGUGCCUUACUCUGUAGUCUGAAUGCUGCAACAACAUAGCAGCAUUCCGUUUCAGUUCCAUCUUCCUUUGCCUUAGCAUCUCCGACUCUUAAAUAGACAAAAAUCAUAUAUCAAUUGGUGGCUUUUUUCUAAUUGUUGCUCUUAAAUAAAACAUCUGAUUGUGCUCU